AUGUCAGCACAUGCCUCACCUACAUCUAAUUCAUCCUCUUUGCAAUAUGAUUACUCCAGUGCUUCCUUUGAGGUUCUGAAUGCCCCACUCAAAAGAAAGACUUCAUGCCAACAUGUUGAGCUUACUCCUUGCUAAGCUUGCUAGACAUGCAAGAUACAGAGGCAAACUCUCAGUGACUGUGGGGAGAAUUUGAAAAUCAGAAUCAAAGAUUUUGCCCCUUACCUCAAACCUUAAAAUAAGCGAAGCUACUUGCAAUGCCAGAAAAUGAAUGAAAACUAGGAGGAUCAAGGAAUGCUAAACUUUAGAACUGAACUCAUCUAGUAUCCAGUAAUAGAUCAGAAAUAGAGUGAGUUUUAGCAAUUUUCUGUCAGAAAGAGAGAUCAGAAGUAUCUUUAAGAGUUAAAAACUCUCUCUUCAAAUUUGCACUUUAAUAGCGAGGACUUAUUAAACAACAGCAAUUAUUAAGAGAGAAAAGUGAUAAUUCACGAUGGAAAUGGAUUCACUCCUAGCAAAUUUCCAGUUGUAUACACCUAGUUCAGAAGCUCUAAUAAAGUACUUGACACUCAAGAUCUACCAAUGCAUAACUUCUAAGAUUAUUCAAUAUAGCCAAUGAUUCAUUCAUCUAAUAAUCAUCCAAUAUAUUAAAAUUAGAAGGAGUUGCAAAGAAAUCAGCAAAACUAUAUUCAAAGCUUUCAAUAGAACGAUAUAGUAAUAUCAAAUGCUGCAAACAAGCCAAUUAAAUUACCUCCUAAUGAUUUCAAAAUCUCUUUCUCUUCUAAAGAUUUAAGAGAGGACAGUGAGAUGCUCCUCAUUGAUUAGCCGACAGGUUUACCACUAGCAAAUGACAAUUACUUUGGAAUACAACAGCCUGAAAAGAAUAGUGGAGUGCAAAAUCCUGACUCACUGCUUUCAUUUGAUUAUUAACUCAGCUUUCCAGUAGAUUAUAGUUCAGAAUCUGAUUUAUCUUCUGAAGAAAAGUAGCCUGUUUAACAUUUUUCGGAAUUCGAUUAUGAAUGCAAUUAAUCACAAGAUGAAUAGGAAUGUAUGAUGGAAGUAGAUACACAAUAAAAUUUACUCAAGUCUAAAGAAAGAACUAAGAGGAAUUAGAAGACUUGCACAAUCGGAGAUCAAUUAAACACUAAUCAAGAAAGUUCUAAUUUAUAGAUUGGACUGAAUGGUAAAACUUAUUAUGGAAAGAAGAGAGGAAGGAAGCCAAAUAUUCUUAAAGAAAAUGAGGCAUUUAUGGAAGCAGAUCAUAACUCAAAGCCAACUUGUAGAAGAUAUCUGCGUAAAUAGAUUUUACUUGGUCAAGUGGAUAGACCCUAUGAGUAAACAAAGCAUAUUUUAAACCCUGAAGAAGAUGGAGCUUUAGAGCUAGAACCUGAAGAUUUUGUCAGUGAUACUGUGUAAAAUGUUGCUUAAAUAAUCAGAUAACCAGUCAGAAAUUCUUAACUCAGUCAUGACAAGUAAUCGUCUAUGAUGAAUCAACAACCUUUCCAUUCAGAUAUUUUUUCAUAGAUUACCUUUUUCGACAAAGAGCCAAAAGUCAAGAAUAUGCCAUUUCAGAGAAUCAACAUGAGCUAACUUUCAAACCUCCCACGAUUCAAUCAAAAUGGCAUGAAUUCAAAUGUCAUAGAAGAAAAUGAUGAUGACUUUAAAUUAAAAAUCUCUACAAGACUAAAUGGAACUGCCAAAAACUUAAAAUCUGAUAAUUAUAUCUCAAAAGGUCAAAAGAAGAGAGGCAGACCAAGUUUCAAAGAGCUUGCUUAAAAAUUCAGCUAAGUUGUUAUAUCUUAACCAUCGGCACUUUACUCAAGCAAAAUAAAUGAAACUUAGAUGCAACAGUCACUUUCUAAGAAGGAAAAUCCUCCAAUUCAACUUAAUCAUUAUCAAGUUAUGGAAAUGAUGAUGAGAGAUGAUAACUAACCUGAAAUUCAAGAUCUGUCCUCUUAAUAAUGA